UACCUUUGAUCCCAUCAGGCCAUUACGUUAACACCAACCACAGAGACGUCAGGCGAAUAUACCUUGAUAACGCGAUCAAGGCAUGCCGUCCUGUCGAGCCCCUGGGUCGAUAAAUGAUUCAUCCCGUCCGAGCAGAAUGGAUGCUAUUUGGGAGGCAGAGCUUGGUCCCUUGCGAGGGAAAUCCGAAAGGGAACAGACCGAGUCUCUAUCGGAACUCUUCCACAGAUGCCUGGAUCUGUAUUCAGAGCUGUAUCUUGCCCUAGGAAAGGAGAAAUGCCGGCCGGUGGAACUGAAUCAGGUCAGCAUUGAGAAGGCCGGCGAUGAGUACGGCCGCCUUCGGCUUUGGGGUAUCCAAACUAGGGCUACACUUCCAGCUCACGCGAGAGGCUCUCUAGACGACACGCUAAGGCACGACCAAACGCUUCGAGCCAAUGUCGCUGACAUGUUUCGGUUAUUGGCGGAUCAACUGGCUCUCGCACUCUCUGUGGUUGAAAAAGCAACCGACGGCUCUACGGAACCGGACAUGGAUUCAGACGGCAGUCUUGUUUCUGACAGCGACGACUCAGAGUCAUCUAGUGACUCCGCUAUCGACGACAACACCGGAGUCGGCGCCAUUCGCGAUAAGGCGCCGAGAUCGAAGGGGAAAGUACCGAAAAUAUCGGUUCUGAUGUCUCACGUCUAUGAGCAAGUUGGCUUGCUAUACCAUCUCUCUCUGCUGUUGCGCCGCCCGGCUGUGGUGGGUAGAUAUCUCAAGUCCUCGAUCAAGGACAAGACGAUCUCUCCUUUUGCCCAAUAUGACUACAACCACGUCCAAGAAAAAUUUCACUCCUGGCGGCGGAUGGCCGAGCUCGACUUGGCUGAGAGGGAUGAUUCCGCAGAUCACGAAGUCUCCAGUAAACAAUCAACCGCACCAUCACUUGUUACCCCAGAAUUAGGCGACGGGAGCGACUCAACUAUCAGCGAAAGUGACAUUGAGUUACGGCGUAGCAUGGAAUCUAAUGAGAAAUCGUUUACUUUGAUAUGCCGCUUAGCCAGAGCAAACACAAGGCGAAGGGAACAACUGAGGUACUGGGCCGGUCACCCCCCAGUAGAUACUCCUCAGCCAGGAUUCAGUACUUCUAUUUCUCCAGCGAGGAAGGGAACGACUCCAGCAAGACCUCAGCCGGCCCUUACUUCAGAGCAGAGAAACCAAGCAGGAACUGCACAAGACUCGGACCCCGCUGAGGCCAAGUCCCUCGACCAAAGCGAAUCCAGAUCACUCUUCUCUACCCCAACCGCGGCUACAUUCUCUACGGCGGCUGUUUCUGGAAUCGACGGCACCCAAACUGUCGCAGGACCACCACGUACGAUAUAUGCGGAGACGGUGGUUGCUACCGGCCAGCGAUCCACGCGAGUACCAGAUCCUCCAUACGUGGCUUCCGGAGCCACGCAGUUCGAAUGUCCUCUGUGUCACAGUUCUUUGCAAGUGGUUGUCAUGAGAGACAGGAACGCAUGGAAACGACAUGUGUUUAGGGAUCUUAGGCCAUAUGUUUGUACAUAUGACAAUUGCCUCAGCGGCGAUAAAUUAUACGCAACGCGUCACGAAUGGAUAUACCACGAGAUGCAGGUGCACUUACGGCAAUGGACUUGCCAGAGAUGCGACGAGACCUUCGAGACCAAAGACUUAAUGGCGAGCCAUUUACGGACAAGCCAUCCAGAAUCCUGGACCAGUCAACAACUUUCCGUUCUUCUUGAUAUGAGCGAAAGGCCGCUUGAUGAGACCCGGAUAGUCCCAUGUCCCAUUUGCCCCAACGAGUUGUAUCUCAACAAGCUCCUAACUCAUCUGGCCGAGCAUAUGGAAGAGAUAUCUCUAUUCGUACUACCACCAGCUUCCGAGGAAGAAGAUGACGAUGAUGGUUCUCAUGUGAUGCGAAUCAGCCUGAACGGCGAUAAGCCUAACUCGGACCCAGCCAUGUCGGACAUUGCUAGCCUGAGCUUCUCAGCACCGGACGUUACAGAGAGACCUCUGGAAUACCAGCAGACCCUCCAAGGGCUCACUGACUCGACACCGCCGGACAGCUUUGCCAAGGCCGCUGCAUGGGAUGUGGACGCGGACGAACGGCAAAUAAAUUCAUUGACACUUUCUGAGCACACAAGCAAUGUUACGGGUGUGUCUUUCGCACCGAACAGUCGUCUUCUAGCCUCAAGUUCCGAUGAUGUUACCGUCCGACUCUGGGACACGACAACAGGUGCUCUAUUACAUACCCUUACAGACCAUACCAACGCUGCCACUUCGGUAGCAUUCUCCACAGAUGGGAGGCUAUUAGCCUCGGGUUCAUGGGAUAAGGCAAUCCGGCUCUGGGACCCAACAACGGGUGCUCUACUACAUACCCUUGAAGGCCAUAUCAGGUCCGUUCAGGCGGUAGCAUUCUCGCCGGAUGGCAGGAUACUGGCCUCGGGUGCGUGGGAUAAUACAAUCCGGCUCUGGGAUACAACAACCGGUGCUCUAUUGCAUCCAGUUAUCUCCACCGGUAACGACGUGCGUACUGUAGCAUUUUCGCCCAAUGGUAAGAUAUUAGCCUCUGGUUUAGGCGGGCCCGGGGGAGACAUGAAUAUAGUCUGCCUUUGGGACCCGACAACAGGUGCUCUAUUGUAUACGGUUGAAGGUCAUACCGACUUCGUGAACUCAGUGGCAUUCUCACCAGAUGGGAGGCUAUUAGCCUCGGGUUCAUCGGAUGAUACAAUCCGGCUCUGGGAGCUCUCAGCUCUGGGAUUUGCCAGCUUAUAGCGUCAAUGGUACGGAUCUCUGAAGGACGUGAGCAUGUUGUGAUUGUCGUCAACUUGGUUGCAUUCGGUCUCUUCUCUCUAGGUGAGCAUGGGAUGAGGUGGUGGGCGGUUGAGUACGCAGGAAAUCUACUUUGGGGGGUGGGUGCCCUCUGAACGUAGACCGUUGUUCCACCAUCAGGGGACCUCAAGGCUCAAGCCUACCUACCUAGGCACAUACUAGCAAGAUAGGGGUCAGGUCCUCGAGCGGUUGGCGAAGACGCCAGACCAGUGCACUGCUCUACCUUCAAGUUAGAUAUCUACUACACAGUCGGCCAGACAAUUUUAAAUCGUUUCCUUGCCA